CACUAUAAUAAUGUUUUUUUUUAAGGUACGUACGUUCAUCCUUUAUGUGCUAUAAUAUUUUUUAUACGUCCCUCGUGUACUUUGAAAUGUCACCGCAAACUGGAUCCCAUCACAGGCAACUUUCAUCACCGGAAGCUCGGGCUUCGACAAAGGUGAAUUCCUGAUUUGAUCAUAGAUGGGAACCUGACCUGUUCCUUGAGCUGGAUUAAACAAUUUCAGCAAUUUAAUCUGCAAAUAUAAAAGGCGUCGGCUUGCAACGAUCUUACUACAAACAGUUUAACCGCGACGAGAGAACAAUAUGUCGUGGAUUCCUCUGUUCCUGACAUUAAUAUGCACUUACGCACUAGCAUCGGUCCCGAAAGAUGCGAAGCAGCAGAAACGGGGCAUUAUUGGUAAUAAUGGAUGGAUCGGUCUAUCAAGUCCUUAUGGAUAUGGACAUGGACACCCGUGGACAUCGGUCGAUCAUAUCCCAUGGAAAGGACUGAAAUUGCCCGAGGUUAAUCUGCAUGCAGGAUUACAUUUGGCAGGCGCGCUUCCGGCUUAUGGUCUAAAUGACAUCGCUCUGACAUCCGGAAUUCUGAAAACCCUUCCAGUGUAUAUAACUAAGCACGUAGUGCUGGAGAAACCGGUGCCAGUUCCAGAGCCAGUGAUCAUAGAAAAACCGUAUCACGUGCCGAUACCAAUCGAGAAGAUCAUUCAUAAACCGAUCCCUGUUCCGGUUCCGGUGCCUCAGGCGGUUCCGGUUCCCGUGGAACGUCCGGUGCCGAUUCCAGUGAAGGAGCCGAUCGCGGUGCCAGUGCACCAGCCGUAUCCGGUUCCGGUGAAGCAUCCGGUGGCAGUGCCGGUUCCGGUACCAGUUCCGGUUCCGAUUCAUUCCGUCCCGCCCUCGCUGCCGCUGAUCCCGACCGGCGGCCUGCCUGGCGCCAUCUACCUGCGCGACUACGCACCCGCUCACCUCCAUCCCAUCCUUCAUUCGCCGUCGAGCGCUCUCCACCUGGAUCACGGCGGCGCCCUCGCGCAUCUUCCCCACGGCUUCGAUCACGGGCUUGGUCACGUGGCUCUGCCGCAUGGUUACGAAUACGAUGCCCAUGCCCACGUCCAUGCCGACCAUCUUGUCCACGGGCACGAUCACAAAAAGAGGAAGACUGACAAGAACUGAAAAAUAAAAAUCUUUUUUAAUCUUAUUAGUCUGUAAAAAAAAAGAAACAAACUUAGACACGAAGAAUUAUUAAAUUCAUAUCUCGAGUUGAUUAAAAGAUUCUAUAGAAAUCAUUAUUUCUUUUCCUUUU